CGUCAAACGCGUCUCCUUCCACGUGAGUUUAUUAACAAGAGUGAUGGCUGAUCGCAUUUAAACUGCAUUGUCUAGAAUUGUGGGAUUUAAGGAAGCGAUAAACGGAAAACAAUGGCAACCGUCCGCAAGAAGGUUGACAACCGGAUUCGUAUCCAGAUAGAGAAUGGAGUCGCUCUGCAGCAUCGUACUAUGUUUGUGGUGGUGGGAGACCGUGGGAGAGAUCAGGUGGUGAUUCUGCAUCACAUGCUCUCUAAGGCCACAGUCCGAGCGCGACCGUCUGUUCUGUGGUGCUACAAGAAAGAGCUUGGCUUUAGCAGCAAUCGUAAGAAGCGUAUGAAGCAGCUGAAGAAGAAAAUAAAAAGUGGCACGCUGAAUCUGAAUCAGGAUGACCCUUUUGAGCUGUUCAUUGCUGCGACCAACAUCCGCUACUGUUACUACAGUGAGACACACAAGAUACUAGGAAACACUUUUGGCAUGUGCGUCUUACAGGACUUUGAAGCUCUCAGUCCCAAUCUUUUAGCCAGAACUGUUGAGACGGUCGAAGGCGGUGGUAUUGUGGUCAUAUUACUACGCACAAUGAACUCACUGAAGCAGCUAUAUACAAUGACUAUGGAUGUGCACGCUCGUUAUAGAACUGAGGCCCAUCAGGAUGUGGUCGGAAGGUUCAAUGAGAGGUUCAUUCUGUCUCUUGCCUCCUGCAAAAACUGUGUUGCUAUUGAUGACCAGCUCAACAUCCUGCCCAUUUCCAGCCACAUGGCCAACAUCAAGCCAGUUCCUCCAAAGACACAGGAGGAUGGUUUGCCUCCACAAGAACAGGAGCUGAAGGACCUGAAGGAGUCUCUUCAGGACACUCAACCUGUGGGUGUUUUGGUGGAUAACUGCAGGACUAUGGACCAGUCCAAAGCAGUACUGAAGUUCAUUGAAGCCAUCUCGGAGAAGACCCUCAGAAGCACCGUGGCUCUGACGGCUGCUCGUGGCCGAGGCAAAUCUGCAGCCCUGGGACUGGCUGUCGCUGGAGCCGUGGCCUUUGGCUACUCCAACAUCUUUGUAACGUCGCCCAGCCCAGACAAUCUCCACACCAUGUUUGAGUUCAUCUUUAAAGGCUUUGAUGCACUCCAGUAUCAGGAACAUCUGGACUACGAGAUUAUCCAGUCACUCAAUCCAGAAUUCAACAAAGCGGUGGUGCGGGUGAACGUCUUUAAAGAGCACAGACAGACCAUUCAGUACAUCCAUCCAGGCGAUGCUGUUAAACUGGGCCAGGCUGAGCUUCUGGUCAUUGACGAAGCUGCAGCCAUCCCUCUACCCCUAGUCAAGAACCUGCUGGGACCAUAUCUGGUUUUCAUGGCCUCCACCAUCAAUGGCUAUGAAGGCACGGGUCGGUCCCUCUCCCUCAAACUGAUUCAGCAGCUGAGACAGCAGAGUGCAGACGGCCAACACAGCAUGACAGCAGAGAACAGGAACACCAACACAGCCAGGCUAGCAGCAGCUCGUACGCUACAUGAAGUCAGCCUGCACGAGUCUAUUCGCUACGCACCAGGCGACGCGGUGGAGAAGUGGCUCAAUGAGCUGCUCUGCCUGGACUGUCUGAACAUUCCCAGGCUCAUAUCUGGUUGCGCACUUCCACAAUCCUGUGACCUGUAUUACGUCAACAGAGACACAUUGUUUUGCUACCACAAGGCGUCUGAAGCCUUCCUGCAGAGGCUGAUGGCCCUUUAUGUGGCAUCCCAUUACAAGAAUUCUCCCAAUGACCUGCAGAUGUUGUCCGAUGCUCCGGCCCAUCACCUCUUCUGUCUUCUACCACCUGUUCCUCCCACACAGAAUUCGCUGCCUGAGGUCCUCGCCGUGGUGCAGGUGUGUCUUGAGGGCGAAAUAUCGCGACAGUCCAUCCUCAACAGCCUUUCCAGAGGGAAGAAAGCAUCAGGUGACCUGAUUCCAUGGACUGUAUCAGAACAGUUCCAAGAUGCUGAGUUUGGUGGCCUGUCUGGAGGCAGAGUGGUGCGCAUAGCUGUGAACCCGGACUACCAAGGGAUGGGCUAUGGCUCACGAGCACUCCAGCUGCUGCAGAUGUACUACGAGGGCAAGUUCCCCACCCUUGAGGAGAACCCAGACAUCAAACACAACCAAAUUACCCCAGUCAGCAGCGAGGCCGUCACACUGCUGGAGGAGGUGGUGACUCCACGUAAGGAGCUCCCUCCUCUGUUGCUGAAGCUGAGUGAGAGACGAGCAGAGCAACUACACUAUUUAGGAGUCUCCUACGGCCUCACGACACAGCUACUCAAGUUCUGGAAGAAAGCGGGUUACACUCCAGUCUACUUGAGACAAACGCCUAACAACCUGACGGGAGAGCACUCGUGUGUGAUGGUGAAGGAGCUGAUGUCUGACGAGGAGGAGAGCCAGUGGCUGUCUGCAUUCUGGAAAGAUUUCCGCAGGCGCUUCCUGUCACUGCUCUCCUACCAGUUCCGCAGCUUCCACCCGAGCCUGGCACUGAGCAUCCUGCAGAACAAGAGUUCCACGGAGACAGCGAGCAGUUUGAGUAGCUCGCAGCUGGCAGUCCACUUCAGUCUGUAUGACCUCAAACGUCUGGAGUUGUACUCGCGCAGCAUGGUGGACUACCACCUCAUCAUGGACCUGAUCCCUACCAUAGCACGCAUGUUCUUCCUCAAGCAGCUGGGUGAUGUCUCCCUGUCAGCAGCCCAAUGUGCCUUGUUGUUGGGCGUCGGGCUUCAGCACAAAUCAGUGGACCAGCUGGAGAAGGAGAUCAACCUCCCGAGCUCGCAGCUCAUGGGGCUCUUUAACCGCCUCGUGCGCAAAUUUGUGCAAGUUUUUACCAGCAUUCAGGAAAAGGCCAUCGAAGCAGAGAUGGCAAUGACGAAGGACAUCACAAUGGAGCCAACUGUCCAAAACCUUCAGGAUGAUCUGAAUGAUGCCGCAAAGGAGUUUGAGGAGAAGCACAAACAGGAUAAAGAGAAAGUGAGGGAACUUGACCUGGAAGAGUACAGGAUCCGUGGAGGUGAUGAGGAAUGGGAUGAGGUGCUGAAGAAAGCUGGCAGCACGGCCAUGGUCAGCAUCAAAAGUGACAAGAAGAGGAAAUUAGAGGUGGCGGACAAUGGAGGUCUGCAGCAUGGGAAGCAAAAAAAGGAAAUACAGGCUGGCAAAUGCAAGAAGGUCAAACGUGGCAAAUUUGGAAAGGUGUUCAAGUGAUCUGCUGCUUCACGGCAUCCGAUGCAAAGAUGCAGUCGAUGGCUUGCUGGGAGAGCGUCCACAUGGCUUCAUGGCCCAGGCCGAACGUGGUUGCCGCCAGCUGGUAUUCCUGAGACAAGUCUGUACUGAAGACUCCCUUGUCAUCAGUCUGCAUUUGGAUGAGGAACAAAAAACACACAGAUGUAGCAAGUACACAUGCUACUGUGAAUGAUACACAUGAUAUGGAUGUGGCAGCGCAUGAGGCAGGAUUGGAUCUGUGCUUUAUGUACACAAUAAACCUUGCAAACCAACCUCCCUUGGUGUUGCCAGUGUCACUCACGCCAGACAAUAAUGUGGAACGUGUGCGCUACAGCUAGUCGAUAACUUGUGGGACAGCUGCACCAAAAUCCCAACAGUUGUGUUCCAUUCUACUUUUGGAGUAUUGUUAACACGUAUGUGUGAGGGGGUACUCUUGGUAUGACAAAGAGACUCUUGACAUGAAACACCACCCCCAGAGGGGGCAGGGGGCAGACAGGAAGUGAUGUCGGGGGUUCAGAGUUGAGUUAGCUUGGUGAGAUCAUUCAAACCUGCCGUUUGUUUCGGCAAUCAAGUCUGGUGCUUGUGUGUCUCCCGCAACAUGACAUUAAGAUGACUGAUACCUAGUGAGCUGUGGACAAUACUACAUAAUGUCUUUGACUACACUCCUGAUCCAAAUCCUAAGACCAGUUGAAAAGUGGCUAAAAUUAGCAUGUUGACAGUUGGAUUUAAAGUUGUGUCAAAACGGAAGAAACUCACGCAAAUGACACUCGGGUGCCCCAGCUGGUACCAGUACUUGAAGUGAUGCUGGGAGUAAGACGGUACAGUUUGGCCUCUCACGUUUGAUGUCAAGCAGAGCUCUGCAGGGAAGAAACCAAGCAAAUCAACAAAAAGGUCAUUGUGAGUUGUCAUCAUUCCUCUGCCCACCCAAAGGGAUGUUGUUCUUGGUGACUUUGUCCACAAGGCUUUGGGAUCCACCCACGUCAGGAUGGAGGAAGGUGCCGUGACCGAUCCUGUCUGGAGGCAAACUCAGCAGCAGCUCAGACUCCUCACGCUGAGACGGCAACUGAAACAGUUGAUGCUCUAUCGUCACUUUCCUCACACACACACACACACUGGACACUACAUUAGGCACACUUGCGUCGAGGGUUCUUGCGCUUUAGCUUCAUCCAAGUGUUUUCAGGAUCACUUGCAUUUUUUGGUCCCACUUAAAUGUUUCAGAUCAAACAAAUGUAAACAUUAGUCAAUGACAACACAACUCAACACAAAAUACACUUUUUAAAUGAAGCUUUUUAUUAUUAAGGGAGGAAAAACAUCCAAAGCGAGGUGGCCCCGUGUGAAAGAGUGAUGGCCCCCUAAAGCUAAUAACUGCUUGGCCCCCCUCUUAGCAGCAACAACUGAUAACUUGCAAUGAGUCUCUUCCAGCGCUGGGGAGGAAUUUAGCAGAAUUGUUGUCAUUCAGCCACAUUGGAGGCUUUUCCUUGUUAAGGUCAUGCCACAGCAUCUCAAUAGGAUUCAGGUCAGGACUUGGACUAGACCGCUCCAAAGUCUUCAUCCAUUCAGAGGUGGACUUGCUGGUGUGUUUUGGAUCAUUGUCCUGCUGCAGAACCCAAGUUGCUUUCAGCUUGAGGUCACCAACAUUCUCCUUCAGCACAUUUCAUGCUUCCAUUCAUCACAGCAAGUCUUCCAGGUCCUGAAGACAAUCACACUACCACCACCAUAUUUUACUGUUGCUCUGAUGUUCUUUUUCUGAAAUGCCAGAUGUAAUGGGACACACACCUUCCAAAAAGUCCAACUUUUGAGUAUUUUCCCAAAGGUCUUGGGGAUCAUCAUGUUCUCUGCCAAAAUGGAGACGAGCCUUAAAGUUGUUUUUGUUCAGCAGUGGUUUUGGUCUUGGAACUCUUCAAGAUUCAAGAUUCAAGAGAGUUUUAUUGUCAUGUGCAUAGUAAAACAGCAGUUAUACCAUGCAAUGAAAAUCUUAUUCUGUUCAUUCUCCCAAGAAAAGAAAGAAAACACAAGAAAGAAUAAGAACAUAAGAAACAUAAACACAUAAACAUAUAUACCAAUAAAUUAAGCAACAACAACAGAAGAGACAUUAAUACAAAUAAAUAAUACAAAUAAAUAAAUAAAUAAAAGUGCUAUGAAUGUGCGUGUGUUGCGUGUGUGAGUGCUUCGUUGAGAAGCCUGAUGACCUGUGGGUAAAAGCUGUUUGCCAGCCUUGUGGUCCUGGACUUCAAACUCCUGUAGCGUCUGCCUGACGGUAGGAGUGUGAAUAAUGAGUGUUGUGGAUGUGUGCUGUCCUUGAUGAGGUUGUGUGUUCUGCGUAGGACUCUAGUUUUAUAAAUGUCUUGCAGUGAGGGGAGGGCUGCCCCAACAAUGUUCUGUGAGGUCUUGAUCACCCGCUGGAGUGCCUUCCUAUCACGUGUUGUACAGUUACCGUACCAAACAGUGAUGGAGGCGGUAAGGACACUUUCCAUAGUGCAUCUGUAGAAGCAACUCAGGAUUGUGGUGGACAUGCCAAAUUUCCUCAGUCUUCUCAGGAAGUACAGUCUCCUUUGGGACUUCUUCAUCAUUUGUUGGGUGUUGUGAGACCAGGUGAGGUCCUCGCUGAUGUGUGUGCCAAGGAACUUGAAGGUUUUCACCCUCUCCACCUCAGUCUCAUCAAUAAACAGGGGUCUAUGCGGCUCCUUUUCCCUUGUUCUUGGGUCGAUGAUCAUCUCUUUAGUCUUAUCUGUAUUGAGAAGGAGAUUGUUAUCACGACACCAAGCUAUGAGGUCCGCCACCUCUCUUCUGUAUGAUGUUUCAACACCACCAGUGAUCAGUCCGAUGACUGUAGUGUCAUCUGCAAAUUUAAUGAUGCUGGUGUUGUUCUGGGAGGCCACGCAAUCGUAGGUGAAGAGCGUGUAGAGAAGCGGACUCAGCACACACCCCUGUGGGGUCCCAGUGCUCACAAUUCUUGAGCUGGAUGUGCGGUUGUGGACUGACUGGGGCCUGCCUGUUAGAAAGUUAAACACCCAGUUACAGAGGGAGGGUGACAGGCCAAGUGUGAGGAGCUUAUUUGUGAGUUUGUGGGGGCAGACUGUAUUAAAAGCAGAGCUAUAGUCUAUAAAUAGCAUUCUGACAUAUGUGUCCUGGCCCUGUAGGUGAGAAAGGGCUGUGUGGAUGGCAGUGUUGACUGCAUCAUCCGUGAACCGGUUCUGGCGAUAUGCAAACUGUAGAGGGUCCACAGUUGCCGCCGGGAUGCUCUUUUUGAUGUGGGUCAUGACUAAUCUUUCAAAGCACUUCAUAACAAUAGGAGUGAGUGCUAUAGGGCGAUAGUCAUUCAAGCAGGUCACGUUGCUCUUCUUGGGUACGGGCACUAUGGUGGUGGACUUAAAGCAGGUCGGUACAGAUGCUUGUGCAAGCGACAGGUUAAAUGUGUCAGCAAGCACAUCAGCUAGCUCUGAUGAGCAAACCCGAAGUGCACGUCCUGAGAUGUUGUCUGGGCCUGCUGCUUUUCGUGGGUUUGUUUUGUUCAGAACCCUGCGCA